UGUGCCCUCGAUAAAACACCGCAGGUUAAUAACAAGGGCGGCAUUAAAACGAAGAUGCAGAAAGAUGAGCAAAUCUUACCUUCAUCUGAGUAAGGAUAUUGGUGAACUAAAGAGACUAGAAUCACUGGAAUGCUCGCAACCCAGUGGUUCUCAAACUAGUCAUGCUGGGAAGAUGAAAAACAAGAGCCCUGGGGCUAGGGGUAGCUCAAGAUCUAAAAAAGACUUACUGGGAAGAGAAUACUUGGCGUCCAGGAAACUACGACAUGCGGCGUCGGAUGGAUCCUAUGAAAAUGUUCUGGAACUUGUUAAGAAAGGAGCUAAUGUGAAAACAGCGGACGAUAAAGGAAGAACACCCCUCCAUUUUGCUGCUUGCCGGGGAGACGCUAACAUGGUAAAGCUCCUAAUUUCGUAUGGUGGAUCUGUCAAUCAGAAAGACUGCAUUGGAAACACACCUCUUCAUCUAGCUUGCUGCACAAAUCAUGUAGGAGUUGUCACGGCAUUGUUGAAAGCUGGUACCAAUGUAAAUGCAGUGGACUCCCGAGGUAUGACUCCCCUUCACCUCGCCCAGUCUCGUCUUAGACUAGCCCGAAAGAGUGACGAUGAGGGUGGUAUGCCACUAUCCCGAAAAGCCGAGAUGGUGAAGAUUGUCGAGAUGGUGCAUCAGUACCUCUCAGUUACACAUAGCGAUAAAGAUGAAGUGGAGGAACUGGACAGGCUAGCAGGACAGCUCAGUAUCUCGGAAACGACUGAUCAGGUGGAGGAAGUACAGAAGCUGUUGGAGAGUUUCACAUCACUGACGAUUGAGAAGAGAGGAGACAGAACAGUGCAUACAGCUGAUGAACCUUCUUAGCUAGUUCAGUGCAAAAUUGUCACACAGUUUAAUUUUUUGACCACCUGA